AUGGCGUCGCCGGAGCUGAAGCAAGAUCUCGGCAACAGUGUAGAAUUACUAAAACCAGAGAACGGAGAAAUGAAAGCCGUCCCAAUUUCUUUCGGGUUUAGUAAAACUUUAACCAAGGCGAAGUUUGAGAAACAAGAGGAGCGGGAUUAUUUAACUGGGGUCGAGGGGAAGGAGCUGAAAAGCACAAAACCAGAGGAGAAACCCAAAGAGCUUAUCAUUCCCCUGAUCCAGAAGAACCGCUGGCACAGAGGAGCGACUAAGCCGACUGACAGUAAUGACACUUCGUCUACAGAGCAGGACUCUGUGGAAUCUCAGGCCAUCAAAGAGCUUAUAGAAGAGUCUCAGAAGCAACAAGAAAGAUGGAAAAAUGGCCCCCAGAGCGAUCCCAACAUGACCAUCCCUCUGCUCAUGCAGAACCAGGUGCCACAGGGCUUUGAAGAUGGUGACCAAAUUAAAGUGGACCUGCGACCUGAGUCGUCCACAGUGGCAGAUUAUGAGCAGGUGCCAGUGGAGGCGUAUGGCCUGGCCAUGCUGAAGGGAAUGGGCUGGAAGCAGGAAGAGGGCAUCGGCCGUACCUUCAAACAAGAUGUUAAGCCUAUAGAACACCAGUUAAGACCCAAAGGCCUGGGUCUGGGUGCUGACCGCUCUGCCAUUAAGGAUCUGCAGCCCUCAGGGCCCCAGAGGCCUCCUAAGCCUGGAGAAGAGAGGGAAAAAGAUGAGAAGUUGGUGCUGGGGCCUGGAGGAUGUGUGCUGAUUCAGAGUGGAGCUCACAAAGAACUCUAUGGGAAAAUAGAAGGAAUGGACACGGACAACGCCAGAGUUGUGGUGAAGCUCGCCAUUGGAGGAAAGUCUGUGACCAUUAGCCAGUACUCGCUACAUCUGGUUCCUCAAAAAGAAUACGACAAAAACAGCAAAGACCUCAGCCGUCUCAGCAAAGCACAUAAAGAAAAGGAGAAAGAAAAAGAACGUGAAAAGGAGCGAGAGCGAGAAAAGGAGAGAGCGAGGACAAACGGCAAAGACAAGAGGGAAGAAGAUCGGCACUCGGAGAGAGGGAGGGACCGGGAGAAAGACAGAGACCGAGAACAGAAGAAGAGGAAGUACAAGGAUACGGAUGCAGACAGAAAGUAUCCUCCUCCUUUAAAAGAGUCUCGCUCCUCUCCUCCUGCACCUUCUUGGCUUCAGAGAGAUCUCCGUGUGCGCUUCGUAGAUAAAACCUUUAAAGGGGGCAAAUACUACAACUCUAAGAUGAGAAUUGAGGAUGUUCUUACUCCGCACUUGUGUGUGUGUCGCACGGAUGAAGGGCGACUGCUGGAUGAUGUUAAACAGACGAUGCUUGAGACCAUUGUGCCCAAAGGUGAUGCCGACUCCAUCAUGGUGGUACUGGGUGAACAACGAGGACUGGUGGGGCGCAUUCUAAAGCGAGACAGGGAUAAGUGCAGAGCCAUGGUCCAGCUAGAGCGCUAUGAGGAAAAGAUCUUCACUCUGGACUACGAUGCUAUCUGCCAUUAUGUGGGUGAUCACUGACAAACCUCCUACAGAAGCAGCCCGUUACUAACAUCACAUCCACCUCUCAGUGAACAAUACAACUACUGCCAUGCAGUAAAGUGGAAUUAUGUUUCAUUAUUCAAAUAGAUGCAGCUGAACUGGGACAGGAUGUUAAAGGCCACAUUUUCGGUGGCUUGAGAAACCGUGCUUAGCUCUGUCCUGUGGCAGACAAGGACAUUUUUAGGGUUUUUUUAGCCACUUGUGCAUAUUGGCUACACCUUAUUCAGAUCCUAAAAUCAAACUGUUUGUAGUUGGAAUUUUGUAUAUGUGCCAUAAUAUCUGCAUCAUCUAAUGUUUUUAUAAUAAAAAUGAUAAACAGAA